CGACGAGCUGGGAGGGGAACGAAGGGAAGGGAAGGAAGGAAGGGACGAAGAAGCGCGAGGUGGGGGACGACGAGGACUCUGCGCUCUGCUCUGUUCUGUUCUUCUGCGCCUGCACGAGCUCGUGCGGAUCGAGGCUCUUCUGGUCGGGCGGGUCGGCCUCGUCGUCAGUGCAGGGUGUGGAUUUCGAAGCUUGUCACGAUGUUGGAUAUUCAGUUGUUUAGACAGGAUAAGAACGAUCCGGAACGCAUCAGGGAGUCCCAGAGGCGACGGUUCGCGAGCGUGGAGCUCGUAGAUGAGGUCAUCGCGCUCGACAAGGCUUGGCGAGGACGUCUUUUUGAGCUGGAGCAAGUGCAGAAGAGGCGGAAUGCCAUAAGCAAGGAGGUUGGGAAACUGAAAGCGGCGAAGAAAGAUGCUUCAGAGCUUAUCGAACAGGGGCUCAACUUGUUAAAGGAGAGGACAGAGAAGGAGGCCGAGGAGGCGCAGGCUAAGGAGGCCGUUGACACUAAGCUGAGGCUAAUUGGAAACUUGGUUCAUGAUUCAGUCCCAAUUGAUAACAAUGAGGACAAUAACCAAGUCGUUAGAGAGUGGGGAUUGGAGACCAAGAGAGAAGAGGCAGGUCUGAAAAAUCACGUGGACCUCGUCGAGCUCUUGGGAAUAGCCGAUCUGAACAAAGGUGCGGACACAGCCGGUGGAAGGGGCUACUACCUGAAGGGUGCUGGUGUACUACUGAACCAAGCCCUUAUCAAUUUUGGUCUUUCGUUUCUGUACAAGAAAGAGUACAAACCUCUGCAAACUCCCUUUUUCAUGAAGAAGGAUGUCAUGUCAGAGUGUGCCCAAUUGGCUCAGUUCGACGAGGAGCUUUACAAGGUGACAGGAGAAGGCGAUGACAAAUAUUUGAUUGCUACCUCUGAGCAGCCGCUUUGUGCAUAUCACAGACAGGAUUGGAUCGACCCCAAAUCCUUACCCAUCAGAUAUGCCGGUUACUCAACUUGUUUCCGGAAGGAGGCUGGUUCACACGGUAGGGACACACUUGGUAUUUUCCGUGUGCACCAGUUCGAGAAGAUCGAACAGUUUUGCAUCACAAGCCCUGAAGACGAUAACUCGUGGGCCAUGCUCGAGGAGAUGCUAAAGAACUCUGAAGAAUUCUACCAAGCGCUAGGACUUCCGUAUCACGUGGUGUCUAUCGUAUCGGGAGCUUUAAAUGACGCUGCUGCCAAGAAGUACGACUUGGAAGCCUGGUUUCCUGCUUCCAAGACAUACCGAGAGCUGGUUUCUUGUUCAAACUGCACUGAUUACCAGGCACGGAACUUGGAGAUUCGAUUUGGUCAGAAGAAGAGCAAUGACACUGUGAAGAAGUACUGUCACCUACUGAACUCCACACUCACAGCAACGGAGAGAACAAUAUGUUGUAUACUGGAAAACUAUCAAACGGAAAGCGGGGUGAAAGUUCCACCUGUCUUACAACCGUUUAUGCUAGGAAUUGAAUUUCUACCCUUUCAGGCUGCCCCUGCCAAGGACAGCAAACCCAAAAAAGCUAGCCUCCCAAAGCCCACUUCUCUCCCCCCAGUAGGUGACAUUUCUCUUUCAUAGUGAGCAGGAUCGAAACUGAUCCGUGGAGAGUCAAAUUGUAUCGGCCAUACUCCAGACGUAGGUCUAGGUGUUGGGAGGCUCGAUUGCGAUGAUAUCUGGGUUUUUGCUUAUAAGCUCCCUCUUGUAUUUACCAAAUUUUUAGCUCAGUGCACCCUUCGGGUGUGAAGGACACCGGAGGCAAUUCUUUUACGUGGCUUCUGACAUAUUGUGCCCAAAAUGGAAAUACUGGGAAUACAGCCAUUCUUUUAGCUUAUUACCUUUCGGUCAUUAGCUGCUGGUCGGGCUCGAGAAUUUUGAAACCAACACUUUGACUAGUGUUUCUGAGUUGAUCAUCCACUGCCAUCUCAAUUUUGACUUCUUAUUCGUGGAAGCUGUUAACCUUUACUAGACUGUCGAAGGAUUUGCUUGGUCCAGACAAUCCGAUUCUUUAAGAUUGCCACCUAGUCUGUCCAGCUUAUUCGAAUAUGGGGAAUCUAAUACCUGUCCAUUGUCUACUUCUGAGGCCGUUGCUUCUUUCUCUAGAAACCAUUCAGAACUCUAUCUAGAGCUGGAUUGAUAUCACCUAGGGACUUUAGCAUGCUUGGUUCUCCCGGGAGGUGGAUGCCUAUGACUAUUACAUCAUUAGGUGCUUAAUCCAUGCCCCGACUGUCAAAUGCCCUCGUUUUGUAUACUAGUUUGUUACUGUCCAGUCUGCCACAGGAGAGUUUACUGAGUGUGUUCUCAGGGUUUCACUGAACUUUGAGGAGGGAAAUAUGGUCUUCAGUGAACACUUCUUGACCGCUUGUUUUCGUUCUAGUAUAGAUUAAGGAAGAAGGCAAAUAGAUGGAUGACCUUCUCCUCUGUGCGAAGAACAUCGGAAGCCCUCAAAGCCCCGAGUAUUCUAUUCUAGUCUACCCUUCCUACCGAGAUUGUCAGGGUAGUUUGUAUCUCACCUGAGAAGAGAGAAGAGAAUAAGUACUUCACCAUAUUAAUGGUUUAACUUGUUGAUUUGUGGAAGCUUGGUCUGGAUGUCAAGACUUGGUUGUUUAUCAUACAUUCUCGUUUUUCAAUCACCAGUACGAGCUUCACACCAAAUUCUUUAAACCGUGUAAACUUUUUGAACCUCACACGCAUUUCAUCUGAUAGUGACAGCAAACCAACUUUAGAUGAUUGCACACCUGUCCAUUCAUGCAUGUAAAGAGCGUGAAUAGAGGCUUCGAAUGUCUAGUUAGAAACUCAAACAUCUUGGACGAUAAAGUCUUGAUGAAAACCAGUAGAGAAAGUGUACGGAACCCAACAUGGAAAUAUCCUGACACAGGGAUGGAUAAGAAACUGGAUACUUUCACCAGGGUAUAGUAUUACAACG